AGCGUACGGGAUUGUAAAGAAGUCUCAUUAACACAAGUUUUUGUAGAAUCCCUCGGCAAAGGCGAGGGCAUCUCGAAAAUAACCACAGUCAGAAAUAUCUGAAGAAACUGACAGAGCAACAUUUGUGCUGCAUUCGUCAGGAUUUGACCAUUGACUUUUGAAAAUGGUGCCAGUGACAUCAGAGUCGGGAUUUCCCACAUGGUCUUGUCGAGGCUUUUAUGGCAGGAUGACGUCAUCAGGAUGGAGGAUUCCUCGUAUGAUUGCAUGGGCACCUGCUUGGCUCGGAAUUGACCACCCAGUCACUUCUACAAACAGAAACGCACGAUGUUUGUUACAAUUGUUCUGACCUGUCUGGUCCUCUGUCUUCUAUAUAAUGUUAUUAAAAUCAGGCCCAAGAAUUUUCCACCAGGUCCACCGUGCUUACCUGUAGUGGGUUGUGUUCCAUUCUUGCCCUCACAAUACCUUCAUCUGAAAAUGGAAUUGUGGUUGAAGAAAUAUGGUUCUGUGGUAGGUCUCAUGCUAGGCUCCCAACCGGCUGUGCUGAUCUGUGGGCCCAAUGAGGUUCUGGAAGUUUUGCGGAGGGAAGAAUUCCAAGGAAGACCGGAGAAAGCGAACUUUAGGCAAGAGAACUUUAACAGAAAGCUUGGUGUUUUCUUCAGUGAUGGUCCAUUUUGGGUAGAACAAAGACGUUUCACUCUGCGUCACUUGAGAGAUCUUGGAUUUGGUAAGAGUAUUAUGGAAACUUUAAUUUCUGAAGAAAUUGAAGAUGUUAUAAAGGAGCUAAGGCAAUGCAAAGUAUUACAGGUGUCAAGAUUUUUUGGGCUAUCAACAGUGAAUGUAAUCUGGGCCCUGGUGGCAGGAACGAGAUAUUCACGAGGCGACGCUCGCCUCCAAGACCUUCUUCAUGCCUUGACUCGCCUUUUUCGUUCAGGCUCUCAGACUGGAGGAAUCGUAAACGCUGUCCCCAUUCUCAAGAUAAUUGCUCCUCAAGUAACAGGACACCAAGAAACUCUGGAUCAUGUUACGAAUCUCAAAUUUUUCUUCAGAAACAUUAUCAGAGAACAUGACAAGACCUUCAAAGAAAAUGAUCUCAGAGACUUCAUUGACGUCUACUUGAAAGAGAUGAAGCAUCAGAGUGACAAUGAGAACUCCACUUUCUCGGAAGAUGGCCUGAUUAUCACGUGCUUUGACUUAUUUGCGGCUGGCGCUGAGUCUGUGAGCAACACUCUUAGCUUCACGUUGCUCUACACUGUCUUACACCCAGAGGUUCAGGGGACGGUGCAGCGUCUGCUGGACGACGUGGUUGGAAAAGACAGGCGUCCGUGUCUAGCUGACAGACCACGACUGCAAUAUGUAGAGGCUGUCUUGGCAGAAGUAAUGCGUAUCAAUACCGUAGCUGCAGUUGCACCAGCACAUCGUGUCACUCAAGAUACUACUCUGAACGGCUACAGCAUCCCUAAGGAUACAACAGUUAUUGCGAGUCUGUGGUGUAUCUUGCGCGACAAAGAACACUGGGGUGAUCCUGAAGUGUUCAGACCUGAACGCUUCCUAGAUGAGAAUGAUAACUUCGUAAAGGACGAGUGGAUGAUUCCGUUUGGCAUUGGAAGACGUACCUGUUUGGGAGAAUUGAUGGCAAGAAAUAUCCUUUUUAUUUUCUACACAACUUUGCUUCAGGAAUUCUCCUUCAGUUUACCUGUUGGAGACCCUGAACCUUCCACGUUGUGUCUUUCAGGGAUUACGUCUGCACCUCAACCCUUCAGGGUGAAGAUCACGAGACGAUCUUAGGUUAUGCUGGGUUUUGGCUUAGAGGCUUUACGAGUUUGGCAAGUUUUCCUACAAGGUUAGGCCUGUAACAUCUUUAGUUACUUUGUCAUUAAUUUUAACAUUAAUUAUGAGUUAUACUGACACAUACAAAAAAUGAAUUGUAAUGUUCUUGUCGUAAAUGGAUUCCCGUUUCUUCAUUCUGGUGACUGAGUACAAACAACUUGCUGUGAAACAUAACCGAUAGUUUCGGCUUAUCAUUAGACCAUUUCCCUGUCUUAUUGAAUUUUGGUGUUGUUUCUGCUGCACAGCCUAUGCAGUGAUGAAUAUAUUUGAACGCUGGAGAAAAUUACACAGCGUAAUUUUUAUAGGAUGAUUGAAGUAAAAAGAAUGAAAAAAUUAAAGCACAAUAUUGGGAAAUAACAUUAAGAGAAGAAAUCGCCAGGGAGUCAUAGUUCAUACGAGAUGAUAAUAUUAAAAUGGAACUUGGAAGAAUAGGGUGUGGGAUUUGAGUGACUCGGUAAGGCGGGCCCUUUUGAAUAUGGUCAUGCACUUGCGUUGCCGUAGAAGCAAGGUAUUUCUUUACCAACCGAUUUGAAACGUUUAAUAAAUGUCACGAAUCUGCUAUAAACUCUGCCCACCGCCAUUCCAACCUUCCCGUCCUACUCCUGUUUUUUAUCGCCGAUAUAUUGCAAGUCAUGGAGGCGUGUGGAUUGGAAGAAAUCCGUCAGACUCGACAGCCCAGUGGGUUGAUGCUGGUUCUUAUCUUCGUCGAUGUCCCGUUGUCCUCAUUGGGUAGGACACGCUGUGCGGUCGGCAUUGAUACCAGCUCGGAGGCCAUGUCAGAGACAAGAGAAAAAGAUUACAAAAUGCUGUACUGAAAUUGGGGAGAGUGACCCUGAAAAAGAGCGUAAAUAAAUACGUAGAACUGAUAAAUAUUGCCGACGUUUCGGAAGAGGGACGAGGGAUUGUUGUAAUACGCAAUAAGAUAAGGAAAUGUCAAACAACACUUGUUAUUAACUUAAGUAUUUUGUUGGUAUUCCUGAUUUUGGUUCGUUUUAAGGGCUACUUUACUUCUGUAUCUACAUGGACUAUUACGUAAGCUUAUAUAAGUCUUUGCUGAGGCCUUUGACAGAUUUAUAUUAAACUUUAUAUAGGACUACAAUAUUUCUAUUAGAGUAUUAUUAUAAGUCCUACACAAGUUUCAUUUAACUUAAAUUAUUUUAAGGCCUGACUUACUUAUGGGAUUAAAUCUUUCGGCUUAUAUAAGUAUAUAACUGAGAAAAACACCUUUUGUAUAAAUUAUAUGUAUUCACAGUUGCACACACAACUUAUUAAACCUUUUCUCAAAACUCAU